AUGGCAUGGAAGCGUCUUACUAUUCGAAGGCCCCCAAACAUUCUUACAAUUGCUUUGAAGAGGUUUCAGAGCGGGAGGUUUGGAAAACUUAACAUGAGGGUGACUUUCCCUAAAACUUUAGAUCUUAGCCCUUACAUGAGUGAAGUAGGAGAUGGUAACGAUGAUUACAAGCUAUAUGCAGUGGUUAUCCAUGUUGACAUGUUAAAUGCAUCGUUUUUCGGCCAUUACAUUUGUUAUACAAAGGGUUUGUGUGGAAAAUGGUACAGGAUUGAUGACUGCAAGGUCAUGAGGGUUGAUUUGGAAGAGGUGCUCUCGCAGGGGGCUUAUAUGCUGUUGUAUAGCAGGGUUUGUGCCCGACCAUCAUGUCUGAAGCCAAUUGAAUCUUUAACUAAGGGGAAGCAGCAAACAGUUCAAGAAGUGGAGCCCCAUGUCAAACAAUCAGUUGAAUUCCUCACUACAGCCGAGUCAAUUAAUGGCACAUGUACUUCUGGUUCCUUGUCAUCUGAUAGCGACUCACGAGAAAAAGUUUCUACUUGCGAAAAUGAGAGAACUAAUUCUGAAGAUGUGAGAGAGGACAUUGAAAUGGUAGAUUCUAAGUCAAGUUCAUCUAUUCCACAGGAUAUUGAAGUACAUGGCAAUGGGUAUUCUCAUGCGAUUGAAGAAACCGCUUCUCCUGUUGUACACGCUAAUAGAUUAGUCUCUGCGGUUGGUUCUUCUCUAAGUGAGGUGGUUAAGCCUGAAGCUUAUUCUCAGAAUUCUGAAUCAGACUUUCCUCAUUCUGCUGUUGAUGAGAAUACAACUGAGAGAAGUAGUGCCGAAAGGUUGACUGAAUCUUCAAGUGAAAGCGCUCAGCCAAUACAGAAUGGUGUCUGUGAGGAAGGAAAAAUUUCUCAUGAUGCUCAUGUUGGUAAUUUAAGCUCAGGUGAACUUCUUGAUGAGAUUAGUCCUGUUGAUUGCAACGGUAAGCAGGCAAAAAUGGAGACUGGAAAGGGCUUGCCAUCAUCUAGCAGUACUAAGGAUGCCACAAGGAAGUUGGCUAGAAGAAAUUCUUCUGAAGGAAAAUGGAAGCCUCUGUUUCCUCCAGGUUUUCUCAGAAAGCAUUCUGGCAACAAUUCUCUAAAGAGAUGUGGGAAAGCAAAAGCUCCUUUAGAACUAGCUUAA